AUGAAUGAGAACAGCGUGGGAGUGUUGUAUUCAUCUUACGUUUGGCAACGGAGCGCGAUAUUGUCACAUUGGAACUUUUCAAAUUCAAAGCCAUCACAACCUCCCUAUUGGCGUUCGACAAAAGCAGAUGAAUACAGGGAAUUGAAUUUGCUUGGAAAGGGAGCUUACGGUGUGGUUUACCAUUAUGCGUUGAAGAAAAUAGUCGUGGGCGUGAAUGACGACGGAGUUCCUCAAAGCGUUCUACGUGAAAUCUCCAGCAUGAUGGCACUCAGGCGAUUACGUCACAAGAAUAUCACUUUAUUACAUGACGUUUUUCACACGCUGGAGAACAACGGCUGUGAUCUGCAUAUCAAUAUGGUCGUGGAGAAGUGUGAUUGGGAUCUUUACUCAUUCUUGAAGGACAUCCCUCGUGACAUGCCAGAUCAUCAAUGCAGGCUUAUUGCGAAGCAGAUUUUUGAGGGUGUAGAUUUUUUGCACAGUAAUAAUAUCGUUCAUCGGGAUUUAAAACCUCAAAAUAUCCUCAUCAAUCGCGACCAGACAGUGAAAAUAGCGGACUUCGGCUUAUCAAGGACAUAUACAACUCAAAGUUGUUUUACAACGGUGGUUGUGACUCUUUGGUACCGAAGCCCAGAACUGCUUCUGCAGUGCAGUUACAACACAGCUGUAGACGUAUGGGCCAUUGGGUGCAUAAUCAGUGAACUCUACCAGAGGGUUCCACUAUUUCCGGGGCAGACAGAAGCUCAACAGCUCAGUAUAAUUUUCCAGAAAAUGGGAACGCCUCGUUCAUCGUUGUGGCCUCAUGAUGCUGUUGUUGAACGAUCCAACUACCCAUCAUAUCCCUUUACUCGGCACUUUUCUUUAUCAAUCCUCAUCAGCUGUAGCGGUUGCUAG